AUGUAUCCAGCCACCAUUUCAAAAAUUGGAAAAGUCACUUAAAUCAAAAAGAAAAAAUAUUCUAAAUCUGAGAUGAAAGAGCAAAGAUCAAUUAGAAAAUAUCAACAGUUAUUAAUCAAGAAUAUUUAAAUUAUAUUGAGAACAAAACCAUAUUCAAUGUAAAAUGGUUUAAUCAAAAAUUAUUAUUUCCUAAAUUCAGGAUGA